CUGGGAAAUCGCAACAAGAAGAUCUGUGAAAAUGGGCAAAGGGGAAGACGAUCUCUGGGAAGAUUCGAUGCUUAUCAGUGCCUUCAACGACGCUAUCUCCAAAUACAAGAUCUAUCAUAACCAAACUGAUGGGGAUAACAGUGCAGUGAUGAAUUUGUCUGUUGUGGAUGAUGAAAGCAAAGAAGCUAGAAGGCACAUGGGAACAAGUGAUGAUAAUGAAAAUUCAUCAACGAAGACAGCAGAAACGGGGGAACCUAGUAUUGCUUCACAUAUGAAUGAAAAAACUUACACAGUGGCAAGUGGUAUUGAACAGCCCCUUGAUAAAACCACAAGCCAUGUAAACUCACAAAGUGUAGAAGAUUACACCUGCUUGCUUGAGAAGUACUAUGAACUUGAGGGUCAGAGGCAAAUGGUUUUACAGAGGCUUAACCAAUUUGGUGAUUCUAGUACCUUAACGGCUCAAGAUCAUCACACUUAUGCAGAACAGGCUCCUAACUCUAUGGCCUCCUCUAUUUACUGCCCUUAUGGAUGCCAGAGUUGGGUGCCUCCAGUCAUGGCAUCACCAUCCUGUUACGUGGGUGGAAAUUGCACAGAUAAAAAUGUUGAUGAUACUCUAAAAAGCAAGUGCGAUCAAACCUCGUCUCUUCAACAACCUGAUAUUGUGAGAACAGCAAUGUGUUCUGCGGAGAAAGCAUUAUCUUCCUUGAGGGAAGAUUUUGGUGAUGAGGGAGCACUAAAGACGAGUAAUGAUCAUGUAGCCAAUGAAUCCAAGCCCGAGACAGCCCUUUCAGAGGUUUUGCAUGCAUGGUAUUCUGCUGGCUUCUACACUGGAAAGUACCUGACCGAGCAAUCACGUGUGGGGAAAAAGACAUGACUAGCCCUGGCAAUUGCUGUAUUACAGUUUUGUUUUGUUCCAAACUUUGCCGGAGGACAGACGUGCCUUGGGUGACAUCAGCAUUUGACACUAUCAUCAGCAGUGAUGCCAAAUCCAUCCUGUAAACACUACUACUAAUGGAAGGAUUCAAAUGCAUAGGUCCCUUGGGCGUGAAUUGCCUGCCUAUGCAUGCAUGUAUGUGUGUGUAUUUUAUUUAUAGUUUUGUUUGUUCUUUGUUUUUCACCUUCUCAAUUGGAUGGAGGGGUAGCUUCGUCCUUGCAUAGAUGCUAGCACUCCUAGCAGCAAGCACAUGUGUA